AGUAUUAGUAUAACUUUUUGUGAAUGAACUGCUGAAAAUGUAGUCUUGUGAAAAAAAUCUUAUUAUUUAUUUGUGCUAUUUAACCGUGUGGUGAUGUUUGAGUGUUAUAUAUUUCUACCACCAUCCCUUCUCUGCCCGUGGGUGUUGUAAGAGUCGGCUAAGAGAGAGAAACCGUCACCAACAUUGAAGAACUCCAUAGUCCAGCAGUGGCCUGUCACAAUUUUCUUGGUGGUCAUACUGUGAUUUAAUUAUCUACUUUCUGAUCUUUUCUUUAUUUAUCCUUAUGCCACGGUGUUAAGGUCCACUUUAAUUAACACUAUGCCUUUUCAACAAAACCUUUUCCGUUCUCUUCUAUCAAACGUUAUCUUACCUCCUAUUUAUACUGCCUUAUCUUAAUAAACAAUUUUUUAUGGUAUAAGCCGGUAAACGAGCAGACGGAACACCUGAUGGUAAGAAAACGCCGACAUCCAUGGACACCGGAAACAUUAGAGGCGUUAUAAGUGCGUUGUCGGCUUUUUGGGGAUUAGGAAUUCAAGGGUUUCAAGGAAUUCAAGCCAUCCAAUUCAUGCCGCAGUAUUGCACUCACACACUUGAUAUUAUAAAUAGGAAAAUUUGUGUGUUUGUGUAUUAUUACUCAAUCACGUCAAAACGAGAAUCGGGAGUGGAAUUUGGAAUAGGGCUAGAUAAUAGUCUGAUAAUAACAUAUAGGCUGAGUGAAGCCGCUAGCAGAACCUAGUAAUACAUAACAAAUGAGUGAAACCGCGCGAUAAGAAUAUUUUUUUUAAACGUCGCAUUUGGAUUUUCUCCUGUGUCGUGGGUGCGUUUACAAACAUACAAGUUCACAUACACAUGACACCCAGACCCGGAACAACAAUCUGUGGAUCACACAAAGUGUUGUUCCGUGCGGGAAUCAAACCCGCGACACGUUGCACCGCAGCCAGUUGCCCAGCACCAACUGUGCAGUCAAGAAUAAUGAUUAGUACAUAUAAUUUUGUGUACUUGUGUACACAUUAAAAGGCAUAAAUAGCAGGUGCCAUGCUACUGUAUACACAAUCUUUAAAAUUUUCGACACAGAAUGGAGUGUUUCCCAACAUGUGCAACUCCGACAACAGGGGCUGGUCCACUGCUCUUUACAUCCGCCUUGCAGUUUUUUGCAGCGUCGCAAUGCAUCCUUGCAGAGGGAUCAGUACCUACUCCCGAUAUACAAAAUUUCGAAAAAUUUGACUUCAUAAUCGUUGGUGCGGGAACAGCUGGAAGCGUUCUGGCAAACAGACUGAGUGCAAUCCCAGAAUGGAAUAUUUUACUUAUUGAAGCCGGUGACGAUGCACCCAUGGAAGCUAAUAUACCAGCUUUUAAUACAGCUUUGCAACAAACCAAAUACGACUGGGGUUACCUGACAAGUAAUAAUGGAAUAACAAAUGGAGCUAAUAUAAAUGGUUCCAUCAACUGGCCACGAGGGAAAAUGAUUGGUGGAAGUAGUAACAUAAACGCCAUGAUCUACGUACAAGGAAACGAUCAAGACUAUCAAAAUUGGGUUGACCUCGGCAAUCCUGAAUGGAGUGUAAAAGAAGUACGUCGAUGUUUUAAGAAAGCAGAAAGUUAUCAAAAUAUGGAUAUGUUGAAAAAUCCUAAAAUCAAAAACCAUUAUGGAGUCAAUGGCCCUCUAGUAAUAAACACAUUUAAUAGUACACAAAGAAAAGAAACGUCAAGAAUCUUAUCUGCUUGGAAUGAUAUUGGUAUUAAAAAUGUACCAGACCUAAAUGUUGCUAACAUGCUAGGAUCAGGAAUCCUGACUGGUACGGCUGCAAACGGAGAACGAGAAAGUCACAGCAAAGCGUAUUUGCUUCCAAUACUUCAUAGGAAAAAUUUAAAAGUUAUGAAAAAUUCUUUGGUUACAAAACUUCUAAUUAAUAACACUACUAACACGGUAUAUGGCGUAGAAGUUGAAAAUGAAUCAAACACGUACACAUUUAUUGCUGAAAAUGAAGUUAUUCUCAGUGCUGGAGCUAUAAACUCUCCACAGCUAUUAAUGUUAUCAGGAAUUGGGCCGAAAGAACACCUCUAUUCCAAGGAUAUCCCAGUAAUAGUUGACUCACCCAUGGUUGGACAAAAUCUACAAGAUCACCUUAUUAUUCCAAUUACUAUUUAUGGUGAUGGUGCUAAACAAAGCAAUAUAAUCGAUCAACAAUUCGAUGCUAUCCGGUAUCUUUAUAAUCGCACUGGAUAUUUGGCGCAAUUGAGUGCAGCUGAUGUAUUAGCUUUCUUUUCCGAUUCCCCAAAUGCCAAAUAUCCUAAAUUUCAAAGUCAUAUUAUACUGACAGAACAAAAUAAACCAACUUUGAAUAGUUUCCUCAAGAAUAAUUACAGAUACAAAAAUGAAAUAGUAAAUCAAAUUACUGAACUGAACAAAAACCACACUCUUUAUCUGUACCUGUUUAACCUUCUCCAUCCCUAUUCUAGAGGUAAUAUUUCUUUAAGUUCCAACAACCCACACGAUUAUCCGAUCAUUAACCCCAACUACUUUAGCGAUCACAGAGAUUUGGAAGCAGCUGCGACUGGAAUUAAGAAGCUUACUAAAGUAGUGAACACUGCAGCCUUUAAAGAAAUUAACGGCUUCUUAGGAAGAAUUGAGUGGCCACCAUGCGAUAGCUAUGAAUUCGACAGCAGAGAUUAUUGGAAGUGUAUUUGUAUAGAAAUGGUAGUUACUAUAUAUCAUCCUGUAGGAACAUGUCAGAUGGGACCAGACCCAAAGACGUCUGUGGUAGACAGUCGAUUGAGAGUCCACGGAGUACAGAAACUCCGUGUGAUAGACGCUAGUGUAAUGCCAACUACCAUAAGUGGUAAUACUAAUGCAGCAGCAGGAGUGGUAGCAGAAAGAGGAGCUGAAUUGUUAUUAGAAGAUUAUAAUGAAUUGUAGAAAAUAUUUUUUAAGUUUAAUUAUCAUGUAAUUAUCACCUAAAAUGUAAUUAUCAAAUAAGAUACUUAAAACAUUGAUACAACAUUGUCCUCAAAAAUUUUCAGAAAAAAUGCAAUGUAUGUAAAACAAUUUAUUAAAGACAAUUGAAUUAUUACUUGUUUUGUCUUUUUUCGUGCCCUGUUUAUAUUUGUUUUAACUUUUUCUAGAAUGUGAUAUAAUAAACCAUAAUUGAGUUGCUUUGAGGCCAUAUACUAAGUCAAGUCCAACGAGGAGAUUUACUAGAAACUCACCAAAAUAUAAUUCCUGAUGCCA